AUGUCCAUUCCUAGUGAUGCGAAACAGCUUUAUGCUGAAUUCCUUCAGCAAGAGGUAAACCAGAGUACAUCAGCUCAUCAAGAAAAGUUAGUGAUGGUCUUGAACAGAGCAUUGUUUGCCUUAAAGAAUUAUCCCGACCCUAUAUAUCAUCCUAAAGAUCUCCUUAAAGUUAAAGGUAUUGGACAGACUACUAUGAAUAAAUUAUCGAAGCGCCUAAAAACGUAUUGCGAAGAGAAUGGAUAUUCUUUCCCUGAGGAGUCAAGCUCAACGGAUAACACACAGUCCACUCAGAAUGACAGCAACCCCAGUAAUACCCAGAAAACAAGAGUACGAACCUUAGAGCCAGAGGAAAAUGAAAGCCAGGGUACUAGGAAACGUCGCAAGAAAAAAUACAUUCCCCGGAAUAGAAGCGGCGGUUAUGGCAUUUUGCUAGGCCUAUUAGAAUUGGGAUGUGAUAAGGAUGGGACGGCUUGCACACGUAGACAACUUAUAGCUGUUGCAUCAAAAUAUUGUGAUCAGAGUUACGAGAAAAAUCCGUCCACCAAAGAGUUUUAUAGCGCCUGGAGCGCCAUCAAAUCAUUGAAAACUAAUGAUUUAGUAAUAGAACAAGGAAGGCCAUCUCAAUUCAGCCUAACGGAAGCAGGCACUAUAUUAGCAGAUAGUUUGAAGACAGCCAACAAUAUUGAGUUUGAUGUGUCAAGUGUAUACGAGAGGCGACUUAACAGGGGCAACACUCAGAAUUCUUUUACAAAUGAUGAACAUGAUCAUACGGUGAACUUUAGCGGACUUAUGAAUCACGCAAAUAUGUCUAUCAACGAAAGUGCUAAUUCUUCAAGAUUGUUUCUUGAUGCAACGGCAAACUCCAGCAGAAUUGAGCAGAAUGAAGAACCUGAGGUUUCGGCAGAAAUUUCAACACCUAUACCAAAGCAAAAGGUAUCAAAAGGUCGUUGGAAAGGCGUAAAAUACGAGCUCUGGAAACCAGACAGUUACGACAUAAUUUUACAUAUUGAUCAUCGUGAAGUGAGAUCGAAAGAAGAUAGAGGGUUUUUUGCGAGGAAGCUGUUGCAACGGGGGAUAGAAACUGAAUCCUCGAGUCUCACGGUGGGCGACAUGAUAUGGCUUGCAAAGCAUAAACAAUCAGGGCAACAGUGCGCGUUAGAUUUCAUUGUGGAACGUAAACGAUUAGAUGAUUUGGUUAUUAGUAUAAGAGACAACAGGUUUUCGGAGCAGAAGAACAGGCUACAGAAGACAGGAUGCAAGCACAUAUUUUACCUCGUGGAAGAGACUACUGGUUAUAAUGUCAGUGACAGUGCUGAUAUGAUGAAAACGAGUAUUUGGACUACAGUAAUUUAUAAUGAUUUCCAUAUUAAACGAACCAGGAAUGCUGACACAACCGUGCAAUGGCUCACUGAUAUGUCGUUAAUCAUCAAAGAGCUUUAUUCAAGAAAGUCUCUUGUUGUAAUAAACCAUGAUCAUAUCACUAAUCAGAGCAUAUACUUAACCUCAUUGAAGAUGUUCCGAACAGAGUUCGAAAGAAAUAAAGAAAUUGAAUGUUGUCAUAACUAUGAAUCAAUGCAAUCAGCCAUGGUAAAAACAAACCUUAUGACGGUAAAGGAACUUUAUCUUCGCGCUCUUAUGUCAGUUAAAGGUAUCUCACUGGAAAAAGCACUAAUGAUUCAAUCCAGAUAUCCAACGUUCAAAACUCUACUAAAAGCUUAUAGAAGAUGUGCAGCAGAAGCAGAUGCAAAAACAUUGAUACAAAAUGAACUCAAAGAUGCACCAGGUAACAGGAAGAUAGGAAAAUCACUGUCACAUACUUUAUGGGAAACUUUUGGUAAACUGUGA